GGGGGCGCGCCCAUCUCCACUGGCUAGGGCGAGAGAGUCGCCGGCUCGGCCCCUCCCCGGAGCCGCUUUGUCCCGGGUGACGGCGGCGGUGGUUGCGGGAGCACCGGCAAGAGGCACAGCUCGGGUGACCCCGCGACCCGGAGAGCGGGAGGCGGCGCGCAGUGCGCACCGCCCCACGCCCAGGCCCGCGGGCACUGCGCUCGCCCCGCCGUCAGGUGAGCAGGCAGAGCGGCGCCCGCAGCCUUCCGCCCCAAGGACCCCAGUCAGCCACCACUGUCACCACCGCCACCGCGGCGCAUCGAAGACGCCCUGCAGGGAUGAGGGGAGAAUCUUACUUCAUCGGAAUGAGGAGCCUGGGGCAGCAGGCAUCCAUCCCUGAAGAUGGGGGACUUUUCUUCCUCUGCUGCAUAGACAGAGACUGGGCUGUCACUCAGUGCUUUGCAGAAGAGACCUUUCAAGCAAUCACCGACUUCAAUGAUCUCCCCAACUCACUGUUUGCCUGCAAUGUUCACCAAUCCGUGUUUGAAGAAGAAGAGAGCAAGGAAAAAUUUGAGGGACUGUUCCGAACUUAUGAUGAAUGUGUGACGUUCCAGCUGUUUAAGAGUUUCCGACGUGUCCGAAUAAAUUUCAGCCACCCCAAAUCUGCUGCCCGCGCACGGAUAGAGCUUCAUGAGACCCAGUUCCGAGGGAAGAAGCUAAAACUCUACUUCGCACAGGUCCAGACCCCUGAGACGGAUGGAGACAAACUACAUUUGGCGCCCCCACAGCCUGCCAAACAGUUCCUCAUCUCGCCCCCUUCGUCUCCUCCUGUUGGCUGGAAGCCCAUCAGCGACGCCACGCCGGUCCUCAACUAUGACCUCCUCUAUGCCGUGGCCAAACUGGGACCAGGAGAGAAGUACGAGCUGCAUGCGGGGACUGAGUCCACGCCAAGUGUCGUCGUGCAUGUGUGCGACAGCGACAUGGAGGAAGAAGAGGAUCCAAAGAUGUCCCCAAAGCCAAAAAUCAUCCAGACCCGGCGUCCCGGCCUGCCACCCUCCAUGUCCAACUGAGCGCGGCCGUGAUAAUAUGCAUCUCCUCUUAUUAUGCUUCCCCCAUUGUGGUUUGUCCAAAACAUUAAUUGCCUUUAAGUCCCUGGGUGUUUGGUUGUUUGCUAUCCCUUCCUUGUAAUUAAGCCUCUUGGACAAAAGGGCUAGGAAAAGGUGACAUGUCUCCCAGUCAACUCAUACCCAUUAACUAUAAUCCAUUAUUUAGAAAGUUCUAGAGGAAGAAAGGUAGUAUUUUCUUAUUAAACAAUCAGGACAGGCUAUAUCUCUGUUCUCUCCUGUUGAUCCACGUCAUUGACAUCAGUAGCAAAUGACAUUUAUGUUGUUUGUGUGAUGCUCCAGUUGUGUGUGUGUGUGUGUGUGUGUGUGUGUGUGUGUAUGUGUGUGUGGUGUUGUGUUUUUUUCCUGGCCACUUAUAUAGGACCAUAAGUAAACUUGAUUUUGACUGCAUGGGAUCCCCCUAACUGGUCUCACCCAGUCCUCUGCAUCCCGACAUUCCCAGGACAUUGCACGAUCACCAGCAUUUAUUUUGAUGAUUUGAGGGUACGCCCCACCUCACGGUAUCCCAGCCGUGUCCUGUAUAGACAAGGGGUGUCCCCACCAUCCAGCUCAAUAAGUCUGGGAAUCAUUUUCAGUUUGGGUCAAUACAUCAGAUAGCUCUGUCCAAAUUCCUGGAGGCAAAAUUGAGCUUGGCCCCCAAAAUACCCCUCAGUAGAUUCUGAACACCGCUACCACAUGAUGUCACUGGGGAGGCUUGUCCAGGCGGCAGAGACCGAUUUCAGACAAAUCUAUUUAUUAUAAAAGUCUCGUGGUGUCUGAACGAUUGUCCCACCCACCCACCCCUUUAUAUAUUUGUACAGAUGUUUGAGCUGUGCGUUGAAAAUCUGGAUGUUUUUUAUUUAGUGAUUGUUCAGCCAUUAGCUGCUUAACGACAUCAUACCUGUGUUGCUUCUGAAGGCGUUCUGAUUCUAACGUAGGUAAUCCGACGCUAUCACGUGCUCUUGUGGUUAAUGCUGAGUUGAGAAAGAGUACAGCAAUGUCUCAUGUCAACAUAUAACCGACUAGCAACCUCCUUGCUGUCAAGACCACCUGUUUUUAAACAAAGAUCCGAGUGUCAGUUAUAAACAACUUGGAUGAUGCUAACUAAACCCCAGAACAUAGAAACAGCUGAGCAUCUCAGAGCACAAAAAGGAUGAUGGGUAAACGGAUGGCAGGUCCACUCAUCCAGUGCCCGUGUGCUCAAAAGUUCUUUGUUUUCGUUACGUGUGACUUUUGUAUUUCUCUAGCCCAAAGUGCAUUAAGGAAGAUACACCUGCAGAACCAUACUUUCCGCUCCAUGUGUCAAGCCUCAUCAAUUCCUGUUCAUUAGCAAGUCAUUUUGGAUGCAAAUACAAUUUACCGCAGAAUGGGCUAGUCUUUUCACGACUUAAGCCUCAGAAAAACACACAAGAUCACUAACACAGCCACCCGAUGGAGGGAUUAUUGUGGUUUUUUUUGACUAAGGUGUAUGUUAGUUUCAACAGAAACUUCAAACCUAGACUGAUCUCUCAGAAAAUUAAAGUCCGUUCUACUGUGAAUCUAGCAAUAUAGUACUGGCCACAGUACGUUUGAAACCGAGGACAGUGUUGCUUGUGGAAUCCCGAGUUUCCAUGAGGAAAAUAAGUCUCCUCUUCAAAAAAUCAGACCUGAGGGGUGUACAAUAAGCAAAUGCUCUGACUUUCCUUUGUUGUGGAGGGGUUUGGGUUUUUCAUUGACCAAGGAAAGACUACAAAUAGUUGAGAGAUGGUGCCCUCUAGUGGCGGAAACAUUGAACUCAGCUGUGCGGAUGGAUUGAUUAUAAGUCAACUAAAUGCUUGGGGCUUUCUAAUUCACGUUAAUUUUCAGGAUGCAAGAUCUGGGGUGGGGGAAUCUAAAUGAGUGAAAGCUUUGGAAAUAAUUUGUGUUUCCAAAUAGUGGUAGCAGAAGUUUCCAGUUUAGUAAAAGUUGUUAUAGAUGACCCAGGUCUUAGUAAACUGUAUUGCCAUGUAUAGAUGUUAACCUGCUAUACAGAUCAAGGGAUUCUCCUGCUGGGUUGAGCAUGGGGAAAGGGGAGGGGGCGCUUUCCCCAGGAGAAAUGGGAAAGCUGGGGGACCUCCCAGCACUGUGAAAGUCAUGAUGGAUCACUCAACACUUCCAUGACGCACAUUAUGCAAACCUCCUUAGCUCUCUUUUAAGUUGAAAACAUUUUAAGUGGAGGGGAAGGUUUCCACCAACUGAAUCAUUUGUGCACGUGUACAGCUCAAAGAGCUUAGAGUUCAAAUAUAUCUGGUGAAUGAA